UUCAUCAAACACGAUUCGUAAUUUUCCAAAGUUACAAGAAAAUAAAAAUAAUCGAAAAAUGUCAGCAUGAUACAAUGCUCAAUUAUAUGAUGGGUUUUAGGUUAUAAUUUGCGGCUAUUCACAUCUUUUAUAUGUAUUAUUUGUAUUACAAGACAUGCAAUUUUUCAAGAAACAUGUUUUACUAUUUUUGCUCAAUAGCCUUUAGUUUAAAAAUCCAUUGACCCUAUUAGGAGUACCAGAGACUACCGACGAAUGCAAAUCGUGUCUCUAACUUACGAAUUAAUACAUUGUAUUUGUAGUGAAGAAAGCACCAUAAUGUAUCGACCAGCAGCAGAUACAUAUAUCUAAAGUAUAAAGAAAUCGAAAAGAUCUACUUUGUGGCAGGGAGCCGCCGUCGAUCGCGAGAUCCGAAGAGCAUCAGCAUCAUGGAUGGGCAUCCAUCCGUGGGUGAGUAACGAAAACAUGUCAGCGCCCACUGCAGCUGAGCUAGACUAAGUCGAAUAUGGCCAGUGCUAAUUGCCUCCAAGUAGCAUAUGUAUGCUCCAUCCGCAGGUCCAAGAUCCGUCUGCGUCCCAUCGAACACGCCAGUUCUUUCCGUCUGAGUGCGCCGCGAAUCCCCGAUCGCAAUUUAUAAAAGCUCUGCCCGCCCAGCGAUUUCGCUGCAGUAGCAUCCCCAGAUUGCCGGCAAGUGGACGUUAGUGGAUAUUAGAUAUUGGAUAUAUCGAAGAGCCCACUUCAGAAAUCACAGACCCUGGAUAGCCGCAUACGUCAACAGGAAAGAUUCCACGAUGAAGCGUCUCGAGUGGCUGCUGCUCCUGGCGUUAGUAGCCUCCGUCUCCACGGCAGUGGCUCCGCGGAGAAGGCGCCACAGCGUGGUGGAGCCGCCCUCGCCGAGUCCCAGCGAAUGGGGAUCCUCGUGGGGAUUGGGUGCGGAGAUGGCAAUCGUGAGGCGGGUCUACGAUGAGUGCCAGGACAAGAACGACUUCAUCGGCUGCCUUAAGCAGAAGGCUCUUCAUGCGCUCAGUCGAGCUGUGGACCAGGACUCCAUCAAGAUCGUGGACGGCCUCGUGCUGGAGAAGCAGAACCAGAGCGAGACGGAGAGUGUCCUGGGCUCCCUGACGGACGCCCGCCAGUUCGGCAGCCUGGCGCCCAUCGACCGAGCCCUUCUCUCCAAGGCGGACAAGCUUAUGCGGACGCACACGCUCAAGAUCGACAUGGACGGGGGCAGCGGCGGAGAGGAGGAGUCGGUGGGCCGUGGCCACGAGCACAAGCACAAGAAGAAGAAGCACAAGGAGGGGGGCCACACCAAGUACGUGGUGGCCGCCCUGCUCACCGCCAUUGGAAUCGCCGGUCCUCUGGGCCUCAAGGCGCUGGCCGCGAUCGCCGGCAAGGCCCUGGUCAUCAGCAAGGUGGCCCUCACCAUUGCCGGGAUCAUCGCGCUGAAGAAACUCUUCUCGCAGGAGCACAGCGGGGAGACCAGCUUCCAGGUGCACGCCGCCGGCGAACAUAACAGGCGCAACACAUACGUGAUCCGACCGGUGACCAAGACGAGUGCUGCAGCAGCAGCAGCAGGAGGAGCCGGUGGCGUGGGAGUGACCGCCCCCGGGGGCAGUUCUUCGGUGGACCCGUAUCGCUACUACUACGAGUACCACCAGCCGUAACGCGUGACGAAGGGACGAGUCGGUGUCUGGAGAAAUCUCCGCCAUCCCUUGGCGGAGUCCUGAAGCAGCUAGGCUACCAAAGAACCGAUCCACAAACAGUCGGGCCAAGUGGAGCCCGGCAGCAGCC